AUGGGAUACUACUAUAGAGCCGGAACGCUGACUACAGCGGUGCUCGUUGUCGGAGCUUGUACGCCUUUUACUUUCCUCCAGUCCAUCGGCCACCACCCCUUAUAACAAUCUGUCCAUAGCUAACAAACGAACGAUUGAAACUGGUAGAUAUGCUUUUCAAUGGAGAGGGCGAGGCUUUCAACGUGGGUUCCAUUUAUGCACCGCCACCACCUCCACCACCUCCUCCUUUGCCCUUCUCUUUUGACGAGGCUAACUGUUCACUAGAUCGGUCGAUUUUUGGAGGAAACAUCGCCAUACACCUGGGCCUCGCUAGGUGUAGCAUUAUGCAUAGGCCUCAGCGUCGUCGGCGCAGCAUGGUAACAACUCUCGUCCCAACCAUCACCCCAGGAGUUAACACCCAUGGGCCAGGGGAAUAUUCGUAACUGGCUCAAGCAUAAUUGGCGGUGGUGUGCGCGCCCCAAGAAUCCGCACAAAGAACUUAAUCUCCAUCAUCUUCUGCGAAGUGGUAGCCAUUUACGGUGUAAUUAUGAGUACUUUUCCCCUUCCCCUCUUCCCCCUACCUCCCUUCAUCAUUAACAUCCCUGCAGGCAUCGUCUUCUCGGCAAAAUUGUCCGACGUUCCCUCGGAUGCCCUCUACGAUCCGAAAAACUACUACACGGGCUAUGCAAUAUUCUGGGGUGGAAUAACGGUCGGCAUGUGUAAUGCUGUGUGCGGAAUCGCUGUGGGGAUAACCGGAUCGUCUGCAGCGCUGGCUGACGCGGCAGACCCCUCGCUCUUUGUCAAGAUCCUUGUCAUUGAGAUUUUCGGCAGUGUGUUGGGGCUUUUUGGGCUGAUUAUUGGGUUGCUGGUUGCGGGGAAGGCGGAGGAUUUUAGUUGAUUUGGUGGCCGUGGUUAUGGGCAUAGGUAUGGGGGAAGGGGGAGUGGAGGUAGCGAGAAAUACAUGUAAUGAAUACCAAGAGGAAAGGAAAGGGAGUAAAAAGAUUGGCAGACUGGAUGGGUGGUAGGGGGAUGGGAGGCGGCGGCCUUUUCUCGCGCGGUAACUAUGCUAUGGAGCCCGCUGUAUUAUUAUGUAUUUGGUAAAGGUUUCGUACAACGACUAUAUCCAAUUAUGGAUACCGGUAAUUUUCGUUACCCUGUGUAGCAUACGAUACUAUACUAUACUCCAUUGUGCUCGGGAAAGCUCUGUCCGUGAAUCCAAUCCUUUAUUAACAGGAAAGUACCAUAUAAAAGGAGACCACCGCCAGAGCGUAUCGACGUAAAUCAACGUCUACCAACCAUGUUUAUACCCCAGCUGGCUAGUACCCCGGUAACCACUGUCAACGAUAUAUACUUGUAGUGCAACCGACCUAAAAUGUGGUCCAGCGAUGAAACACAUGCCGAAGUGACCGGAGUUGCCGAUGCUGAGACCAAACCACCAGAGUGUAUAUUAUUGGCAAUUAUGCAUACCUGUUCAAUCCUGCAGCACAGUAGACCCUUGCCCAACUCACUUCCUAUUAGAAAAAUGUCACAUUAUCCCUAAAGACAAUCAUUGCUGGACAGCCUAUCCUAGGAGCCCCACUUUCUUGGUGUUUAUCUUAGUCUGCUGCACCGAACUUUUCAGUACAUGUUUCAUCUUCAUACAAACUCUUUUCAAUUUCUCUUUUUUCAUAUCUUUUAUUGCAAAAAAAAAAAAAAAGUGAGAUACUCUCAUGCUUUUUUUACUCUGAUACUUGUUAUUUUGGAGGAGUUAUUUCGUUGCCGGUUUGUAUGUAGUUGGUUGGACCAGGUUUCAAGAAAGCUGAGCCAUAUUAACACGAGCCGCCCCACUACAACCCCUCAACCGAUCAACAUUCACCACCAUACUGCAAUCCUAUUGACCCGUAUAUACUGGUAUGAAUUUCUAGAAAGUUUGUAAAAAAAAAAAAAAACAUCAAAGCCACCAAGAAACGCCCAAGACCAGAGAAGGUCGGAAAAC